AUGUCAGUCAACAUAAUGAACAUCCCACGGGAUUUGCAGGAGGUUUUCAUCUACAUCCCCCGAGUGCGCUUAAUGUUCUGCACCGUGUGUGAAGAGGCCGUGGUGGACAAGGGGAUCAGUUACCACAUCCACACCAACGAUCAUCGGGAUAACGUACCAAGACAAAUGACAGUUGGGGAGAUCAUGAAGUGGUUCAAGCGGCACCAAUUUCGUCACCGGACAUUCCGUUCGGCGCCCAGGAUUCUGGGGGAGCAGAGUCGGCUGCCUGGGAUUUCCGUAGUGGAUGGCUUCCUCUGUAAGCUAUGUGAGAUCCUGCUGAGCAACGAAAAGGCCAUCCGGAAGCAUUGUGGCGACCAACUUGGCUGGAAAAGGAAUUCGGGAGCAGACCGACCGUGGCGCGAAGUCUGGAUGCAGCAGUUGCACCAGAGGGAACCCAAUACUCGCUGGCGGGUCCCAACAGAGUCCCCUCCGGAUACUGUGAGGGAUGGGUCGGGAUUCGGUUCAGAAUCGACUGGAACGGCGCAGCAGGUAUGUUCUCUUCCACUUUGGCAGCGUAUGCUGAUCUAUCCAGGCUCCCAUCGACGCCGUGUAGGUGGCGGCGACUCCUGA